ACCUGCAACGAUGGACGUGGGCAGCUGGUGUACGAGAUGGUGGCCAACUACAAGUUAAGUGGAAAUAAUGGUUUUGGUUUCGCCAGGAACGAAAUGAUAACCAAGAGGGAUAUGCCAGUUAAAGUGCUUGAAGAAUGUAUACGCCGUUGCCAAGAGGAUCGUACAACUUCUAUACAGCAGUGUUUAUCUUUCGACUUCAUGCCCAGUAGAAGGCGCUCAGGGGUAUUUGUCGACCCUGAAAGUCGGCCUCUUUCAGAGGCAUAUAAAAACCCAGAAGAAACCGCAAGUGUUGAACGCAGAAGUAGCGAAAACCAAAGAGUUGGAAAGGUUUUAGCGAGAGAAAGAUUUAGUGAGACUGUGCUGUCCACUGAUCCACACAACAGAGGGGCCCCUAGCGGUGACAGAACAAGAUUAUACGGAGAUUCUACAUGUUAUUUGCACUACGACCGAGCCUCACCAGAUGGCAGUGAUAGAUUAGUUCGAGAAGCGGAUGCAUGGCAUUUUAACGAAAUAUGUCUCACAUACUCCAAGAUUUGUUCCAACAAAGCUUUUAUCAUGGAUGCUGGGAAGGAACUAGAUGGCGCUUAUGACCGGGAUUUAGUCAGCGUUAGCGAUUAUAGCAAGUGUUCAACACUGUGUACCAACAGUCUUGAAGAUCGUGGUUUCCUCUGUAGAUCCUUCGUCUUCGACGACACUUCUCACACUUGCCUGCUGUACGACGAAGACCCGGUCGGGUACAAAGAAAGUCCAGAAGCUAACGACGCUCUGAGGAGCAGUAGCGGGAAUUACUUUAGAGUUCUCUGUGGAACACAGGAGCAAGACUACAACUAA